CCAGUGAGCAGCCAGUAGAGGAGGGAGGGCAGAGGAAGAGGAAAAAAAAAAAGAGUGGAGUAGAGAAAGAGAGGAAGAAGAAGCAGCGUAGUUUAGCCUGAACCCGUCGACAGGAACAGAAGUUUUGACUCACGGCGACGCUGACUGAGCCUGUUGUUAGAAGCCCUCUGAAAGCAGCUACCAUGUCGGCCGCAGACAAGUUCCUGUACGUGGACCGCAACCCGGUCAACAACCCGCUGGCACAGGCCGACUGGGCCACCAAGAAGCUGGUAUGGGUUCCCUCGGAGCGCCUGGGCUUCGAGUGCGGCUCCGUGAAGGAGGAGCGCGGCGACGAGUGCGUGGUGGAGCUGGCCGACUCUGGGAAGAAGAUCCGCGUCAACAAGGACGACAUCCAGAAGAUGAACCCGCCCAAGUUCAGCAAGGUGGAGGACAUGGCCGAGCUCACCUGCCUGAACGAGGCGUCGGUGCUGCACAACCUGAAGGAGAGAUACUACUCGGGUCUCAUAUACACAUACUCCGGCCUCUUCUGUGUCGUGAUUAACCCGUACAAGAACCUGCCCAUCUACUCGGAGGAGAUCGUCGACAUGUACAAGGGCAAGAAGAGGCACGAAAUGCCGCCUCACAUCUAUGCCAUCACUGACACGUCUUACAGAAGCAUGAUGCAGGAUCGUGAGGACCAGUCCAUUCUUUGCACAGGAGAAUCCGGUGCCGGUAAGACGGAGAACACCAAGAAGGUGAUCCAGUAUCUGGCUCACGUUGCCUCCUCUCACAAGACCAAGAAAGAUCAGAACAGCUCGAUCCUGUCACAUGGGGAGCUGGAGAAGCAGCUGCUGCAGGCUAACCCCAUCCUGGAAGCCUUCGGAAACGCCAAGACCGUCAAAAACGACAACUCUUCCCGAUUCGGAAAAUUCAUCAGGAUCAACUUUGAUGUCAACGGUUACAUCGUUGGGGCCAAUAUUGAAACUUACCUGUUGGAGAAAUCCCGUGCCAUUCGCCAGGCCAAAGACGAGAGGACCUUCCAUAUCUUCUACUACCUCCUCACGGGGGCAGGGGACAAACUGCGAAGUGAGCUCCUCCUGGAGAACUACAACAACUACCGCUUCCUCUCCAACGGGAACGUGACAAUUCCCGGGCAGCAGGACAAGGACCUGUUCACAGAGACUCUGGAGGCCUUCAAGAUCAUGAGCAUCCCCGAGGAUGAGCAGAUUGGCUUGUUGAAGGUGGUGGCCUCUGUGCUGCAGCUCGGAAACAUGAGCUUCAAGAAGGAGCGCCACACGGACCAGGCCUCCAUGCCAGACAACACCGCUGCCCAGAAAGUGAGCCACCUGAUGGGCAUGAACGUCACAGACUUCACCCGGGCCAUCCUGUCCCCCAGGAUCAAGGUGGGCCGAGACUACGUGCAGAAAGCUCAGACUCAGGAGCAGGCGGAGUUCGCCGUGGAGGCUUUAGCCAAGGCCACGUACGAGAGGAUGUUCCGCUGGCUCGUCAUGAGGAUCAACAAAGCUCUGGACAAAACCAAGAGGCAGGGAGCCUCCUUCAUCGGCAUCCUGGACAUCGCCGGGUUUGAGAUCUUUGAGCUGAACUCCUUCGAGCAGCUGUGCAUCAACUACACCAACGAGAAGCUGCAGCAGCUCUUCAACCACACCAUGUUCAUCCUGGAGCAGGAGGAGUACCAGAGGGAGGGCAUCGAGUGGAGCUUCAUCGACUUCGGCCUCGACCUGCAGCCCUGCAUCGACCUCAUCGAGAAACCCGCCAGCCCCCCCGGUAUCCUCGCCCUGCUGGAUGAGGAGUGCUGGUUUCCCAAAGCCACCGACAAGAGCUUUGUGGAGAAGGUCCUCCAGGAGCAGGGCACUCACCCCAAGUUCUUCAAGCCGAAGAAACUGAAGGACGAAGCCGACUUCUGCGUCAUCCAUUACGCCGGCAAGGUGGACUACAAGGCCGACGAGUGGCUGAUGAAGAACAUGGACCCUCUGAACGACAACGUGGCUUCACUGCUCAACCAGUCCACCGACAAGUUUGUGUCUGAGCUCUGGAAGGACGUGGACCGCAUCGUGGGUCUGGAUAAAGUCUCCAUGGCCGACAUGCCCGGUGCCUUCAAGACCCGUAAAGGCAUGUUCCGCACCGUGGGCCAGCUGUACAAAGAGCAGCUGUCCAAACUCAUGGCCACCCUGAGGAACACCAACCCCAACUUUGUCCGCUGCAUCAUCCCCAACCACGAGAAGAAGGCCGGUAAACUGGACCCCCAUCUGGUUCUGGACCAGCUGAGGUGCAACGGUGUGCUGGAGGGGAUCCGUAUCUGCAGACAGGGCUUCCCCAACCGCAUCGUCUUCCAGGAGUUCAGACAGAGGUAUGAAAUCCUCACCCCCAACUCCAUCCCUAAGGGCUUCAUGGAUGGAAAGCAGGCCUGUGUGCUCAUGAUCAAAAGCCUGGAGCUGGACCCCAACCUGUACCGGAUCGGGCAGAGCAAAGUGUUCUUCAGAGCCGGAGUCCUGGCUCACCUGGAGGAGGAGCGAGACAUGAAGAUCACCGACAUCAUCAUCAGCUUCCAGGCCUGGUGCCGAGGAUACGUGGCCCGCAAGGCUUUUGCCAAGAGGCAGCAGCAGCUGACGGCCAUGAAGGUGAUCCAGAGGAACUGCGCCGCGUAUCUGAAGCUCAGGAACUGGCAGUGGUGGAGACUCUUCACCAAGGUGAAGCCUCUGCUGCAGGUGAGCCGGCAGGAGGAGGAGAUGCAGGCCAAGGACGACGAGCUGUCGAAGGUGAAGGAGAAGCAUCUGUACGCUGAGACGCAGCUCCGUGAGAUGGAGGAGAAACAGCACCAGCUGAGUGCGGAGAAGAUGGCUCUGCAGGAGCAGCUGCAGGCGGAGACGGAGCUCUGCGCCGAGGCCGAGGAGAUGAGAGCCCGUCUGGCGGCCAGGAAGCAGGAGCUGGAGGAGAUCCUGCAUGACCUGGAGGCCCGGGUGGAGGAGGAGGAGGAGCGCGCCGCCCAGCUGUCUGGCGAGAGGAAGAAGAUGCAGCAAAACAUCGGGGACUUGGAGCAGCAGCUGGACGAGGAGGAAGCAGCCAGGCAGAAGCUCCAGCUGGAGAAGGUCACUCUGGAGGCCAAGAUGAAGAAGGUGGAGGAGGACGUGAUGGUGCUGGACGACCAGAACAGCAAGUUAAACAAGGAGAAGAAGCUGCUGGAGGAGAGGAUCUCUGAGUUCACCACCAACCUGACGGAGGAGGAGGAGAAAUCCAAGAGUCUGCAGAAACUCAAGACCAAACACGAGGCCAUGAUCACAGACCUGGAGGACCGCCUGCGCAGGGAGGAGAAGCAGCGCCAGGAGCUUGAGAAGAACCGACGCAAGCUGGACGGCGACUUCAACGAGAUCCACGACCAGAUCGCCGAGCUGCAGGCUCAGAUCGCCGAGCUCCGCGCUCAACUCGCCAAGAAGGAGGAGGAGCUACAGGCUGCUUUGGCCAGGAUCGAGGAGGAGGCGGCUCAGAAGAACCUUGCCCAGAAGAAGAUCCGAGAGAUGGAGGCUCAGCUGUCGGAGCUGCAGGAGGAUCUGGAGCUGGAGAGGCAGGCUCGCACCAAGGCGGAGAAACACCGCCGAGACCUGGGGGAGGAGCUGGAGGCCCUGAAGACGGAGCUGGAGGACACGCUGGACUCCACCGCUGCCCAGCAGGAACUCAGGACUAAGCGUGAGACCGAGGUGGCUCAUCUGAAGAAGACUCUGGACGACGAGGCCAAAAUUCACGAGCAGCAGCUGGGGGAGAUGAGGCAGAAGCACAGCCAGGCCUUCGACGAGCUCAACGAGCAGCUGGAGCAGGCCAAGAGGAACAAAGUGUCCAUGGAAAAGGCGAAGCAGGCUCUGGAGUCGGAAAGGAACGAGCUGGCCAUCGAGGCCCAGACGCUGAUGCAGGGGAAGGGAGACUCCGAGCACCGCAGGAAGAAGGCAGAGAGUCUGGUGCAGGAGCUGCAGCUCAAGUUCUCCGAGAGCGAGCGCCAGAGGCUGGAGCAGGCCGAGAAGUUGGCCAAAUCCCAGGCUGAACUGGAGAGCGUGAGCGCUGUGCUGUGUGAUGUGGAGGGAAAAUCCGUCAAGGCCACUAAAGACUGCUCUGCUGUGGAGUCCCAGCUGCAGGACAUUCAGGAGCUGCUCCAGGAGGAGACCCGUCAGAAGCUGUCCAACAGCACCCGUCUGCGUCAGCUGGAGGACGAGCAGAACAACCUGAGGGAGCAGCUGGAGGAGGAGGAGGAGGCCAAGAAGAACGUGGAGAAGCAGCUGAUGACCGUCCAGGCUCAGCUCCUGGAGAUGAAGAAGAAGGUGGAGCAGGACGCAGGGUCUCUGGAGACGGCCGAGGAGGCGAAGAAGAGAUACCAGCGAGACCUGGAGGCUUCCAACCAGCGCCUGGAGGAGAAAUGUGCCGCCUUCGAGAAGCUGGACAAAACCAAGACGCGUGUGCAGCAGGAGCUGGACGACUUGCUGGUGGACCAGGACCACCUCCGCCAGAUCGUCUCCAACCUGGAGAAGAAGCAGAAGAAGUUUGACCAGAUGCUGGCUGAGGAGAAGAACAUCUCGGCCCGUUAUGCAGAGGAGCGAGACAAAGCUGAGGCCGAGGCCCGAGAGAAGGAGACCCGGGCUCUGGCUCUGACCCGCGAGCUGGACUCUCUGAUGGACCUCAAGGAGGAAACGGACCGCAACAACAAGCUGCUGCGCGCCGAGAUGGAGGACCUGGUCUCCUCCACGGACGACGUCGGCAAGAGCGUGCACGAGCUGGAGAAGGCCAAGCGUGCGAUGGAGCAGCAGCUGGAGGAGAUGAAGACGCAGCUGGAGGAGCUGGAGGACGAGCUGCAGGGGACCGAGGACGCCAAGCUGCGUCUGGAGGUUAACAUGCAGGCCAUGAAGGCUCAGUACGAGAGGGACCUGUCCGGGAGAGACGAGAUGGGGGAGGAGAAGAAGAGAGCGCUGGUCAAACAGGUGCGGGAGAUGGAGAUGGAGCUGGAGGACGAGAGGAAGCAGCGCUCUGCAGCCGUGGCCUCCAGGAAGAAGCUGGAGCUGGACCUGAAGGAGCUGGAGGUCGGCAUCGACAUGGCUAACAAGAACAGGGACGAGGCCCUGAAGCAGCUGAAGAAACUCCAGGCCCAGAUGAAGGACCUGAUCCGAGAGCUGGAGGACACUCGCAUGUCCCGAGAGGAGAUCCUGGCUCAGAGCAAGGAGACGGAGAAGAAGCUGAAGGGCAUGGAGGCGGAGAUGCUGCAGAUGCAGGAGGAGCUGGCAGCUGCAGAGCGAGUGAAGAGGCAGGCGCAGCAGGAGAGAGACGAGCUGCAGGAUGAGAUCAACAGCCAGGCCACCAAGAAUGCUCAGGUGGUGGAGGAGAGGCGGCGUCUGGAGGCUCGUAUCGCUCAGCUGGAGGAGGAGUUGGAGGAGGAGCAGUGCAACACGGAGCUGACCAACGACCGGCUGAAGAAGGCCAUGCUGCAGUCUGACCAGAUGAACGUGGAGCUGGCCGGGGAGCGCAGCACCUGUCAGCGGGUGGAGGGCGCUCGCUGUCAACUGGAGCGUCAGAACAAGGAGCUGAAGCUGAAGCUACAGGAGCUGGAGGGAACCGUCAAGUCCAAGUACAAGGCCAACAUGGCCGCCCUGGAGGCCAAGUUGGCUCAGCUGGAGGAGCAGCUGGACAUGGAGACCAGAGAGAGGCAGGGAGCCACUAAGCUGGUGAGACGCACCGAGAAGAAACUGAAGGAGGUGAUCCUGCAGGUGGACGACGAGAGGCGCAACACGGAGCAGUACAAGGACCAGGUGGACAAGCUGAACUCCCGCAUGAAGCAGCUGAAGCGUCAGCUGGAGGAGGCGGAGGAGGAGGCGCAGCGGGCCAACGCCAACCGGAGGAAACUGCAGCGAGAGCUGGAGGACGCCACGGAGUCAGCGGACUCCAUGACCCGAGAGGUCAGCACCCUGAAGAACAAACUCAGGCGCGGCGACCUCCCGUUCACCGUGCGCCGCACCGUCCCUCGCACCGGCAUCGAGAGCGACGAGGAGAGCGAGACCAAGAGCGAGACCCCCGAGUCCCCCAAGCCUUAAAGACCCGAGUCAUCAUAAAAACACCCGCGUCAUAAAAUACAAAAACACACACACACACACACACACACGCACGCACACACAUCUAGAGAAACAGAUUUCCUCCUGGUUUAGUCCUGUGACAAUCUAUGCAUUCUGAACACACACAGUUAACUCGGGACAUUACCAUGCUGACACACACACACACACACACACGUUAUUUUUGGGCCAAAUUUUUACGUUCGCUUCAUUUUUCGUUCUCUGGGAAACAAAAACAAAAGGAUAUUUUUGUAAGGAAACAUUCCAAUGAUGGUAGUCCUGAUUCAGGAUCUAUUUUUCUAAUUGAAGAAAGAAAGAAGUGUUCGUUAAUGAAGAGCGAUCUACUGGAAGGGGACCAAAGUAAUAUCUCAGUCUAUAGAAAUGUAUUUUAUGCAGAAGUUUUUAUAAUGGUUAAGAAUGGAAGUGCUUUAUUAUGCUCUCGCUUCAGUUUAUAAUGAAGGUCUAUACGCAGAAAUGUAUCCUAUCGAUUUAGCGUGGAGGUAGAUUUCUCUAUUUGUGUGAAAAAUGAAAGUGUAAAUGUGUAACGCCUUCUACAAGUGCACCAAAAAACAAACAGAAUUAGAUAAAAAAUGGAUCGGCUUGUAUACAAACAAAAUCCACAUUUAAAAAAGGAAUAAAAUGGAUUCAGAAAUCAUGAAAAAUAUUUUAGUGGAAUAAAUAAAGUGUAUUUGCUUUUUUUUUUCCGCCUUUUUCGAAUAUUUUUAACAUUUCUUGGAAGGUUUGUCACUUUGACAAAUUCCACAUUUACACAUCCGUUCACACGAACAAGACGAGAUAAAUCUACCUCCCUGAUUUAGCUGCAGUUAGUACUCGUGACUACGCUUUUGGGCUUAAAAAUGUAACACACAUUUCUUGCGGAAACUUAAAAAUCCGAGGCAGAUUUCAAGUUAGAAAAAAGAAAUACGGAAGGCGUUUGAUUGUGCUGAAAUUUUCUUAAUUUUGCACUGAGAAAAAAAGCCUUGACAUUAAAAAACCACUGCAUUCAGUUUUAAAAAGACUUGUGGUAAUGAGUACACACACACACACACACACACACACACACACACACAAAGGCCUUAAUGCAGCAGCUGAAUUCUGGGUAGGGGGUUUCUCAUUUUCUGGACAUGCAUUGAUUUUUACAUUUCUCUCUAUCAGUGUUUUGUUUAUGUUGAAGGUAAAAGGGGGGGGGGGGGGUGUUGAGGGAAGUCUUAUUACUCGCACUGUUUUCACAGAGCACGGUUGCUGGGUAGAUUUCGGAAGUAGGGGACGUUCUUGUCGCGACGCCGUUACCCCCCACCCCGCAGGCUGUGCUUUCGGCUCACACUGCUGGGAAGUGAGAGGAAUGUGUUGUUGGGAAUAACGGCUGAUAAAAUAUAAAAUAAUGAUCGCACUUAAAAAAAAAAACACAGCAAAGGAAAUCCAAAAAAAAAUCUCAAUUCUUUUGUAAUGUCUGUCUCUCUGCUCCUCUGGAAUCAUUGUUGUGAAAUGUUGGUAUUAUUGCAAUUAAAGAGGCUUUCUAAACUGCUA